AUGGCAGACCCACGGCAGCAAUCGCAGAUCGAAGACAUCAAGACCAAGAUUGAACGCAACGAGAAGAUUCGCGACAAGGCAAAGGAGCUACGCAAUGUGUUGGAAGACAAGAAUGCCCAGGCCCAAUGUGAGACGCAAAUCAAGGAAUCAGAGAAAUACGUCGACUAUCUCAACAGCGAGCUGCAACUUCUUCAGGAACAAGCGAAUGCGAGUGCAAGUGCUAUCGUUGAUCAAGCUUCCAAUUCUAGUGGAGCCAAGGUGUCCUUGAGCAGUAACGGCACAUCCAUUGGGGAAUCAUCAUCACUACCAUCGGAUAAGGAGAGGAGAAAGACAAAGCGUACAAGCCUAGAUUUGUUAAAGUCGGAUAUUCCUAUCAACAGGAAAAAGGUUGUCAAGAUGCUGCGAGAGAUGGAAUACAGGCUUCAAUCAGAGGAGAGGGUCAAACAAGAGAUCGUGGAAAGGAUGCAGAGCGAGCCACGUGAAGGCGACCUUCAACAACGACUUGCCGAUUCACAAGAGAAGAUCAAGUUACUCAAACGUGCCGUUCGCAAAUAUCAGUCAUUGGAUAUUAUUGAUGGAGCACCCGUGUCACCUAGUGAAAGUGAAGCCCCAUCAUUUGCUUCCGAAAAGGUGCCAUUGCCCGCAGCUGGCAUGCUCAGACUCAAGAUUGCAGAGGCGAAUCAGCUGACACAUGCACCAAGCCAUACGUUUCCUAUGUCACAAACGUUCGUUGCUAUCCAAGUGAAUGGUCGCCGCAAAAACAAGACACGCUCAUCACGUGAUGAUACUUGGUCAGAUACCUUUGAGAUGGACGUUAACAAGGCUUCCGAGAUCCUGCUUGUUAUAUAUGACCGCGCUGGUGAUCGUACUCUACCCAUAGGCUUGGUGUGGUUGAAGAUGAUUGAUAUUGCUGAGGAUUUGCGACAAAAGAAAAAGAGGAUGCUUCAAAAGGAAGAUGUGGAUUGCACAAAGCCGUCGCCGUCAGUGGUAAUAUCCGAUUGGUUUGAUGUUGAGCCUACGGGCAGGAUCUAUCUACAGCUAAGCUUUGUGCGUAAGGGUGCCAAGAUUAUCCCUUUCAAUAAACUCAAGAGAAGUGGUGCCAUUCGUGAGCUUGAAGGAAAGGUGGAUGUGUCUCAUGGCCACAAAUUCGUCUCGAAGCGGUUUUAUCAGAUUCUACGAUGCUCAGUGUGCCGUGAUUUCAUGGUGAACAUUACGUAUCAAUGCGAAGACUGCCACCUCAGCUGCCACAAAAACUGUUACAGUAGAGUGCCAUCAAGGUGUUUGGCACGUGAAGGCAUUUCAUCUGUGGAUGAAGGUGGCUUCAAGUACAAUAUCCCCCAUCGGUUUGAAACGGUCAUGGUUAUUGGCACGAAUUGGUGUUCGCAUUGUGGAUUGAUUCUCCCACUUGCAGUGAAAAAUAUCAAAAAGUGUACAGAAUGUGGGGCCAUGUAUCAUGCAAAAUGUUGCCAGUUUGUACCUAAUUACUGUGGGAUCGACAUGGAAACGGCAUAUCGGUUGGGCAACGAAUUUCGAUCAGCAAAUGAACAUCGACGCUCAUUGUUACCUCGAGAAGAGGCACCAGGCGAACCGUAUUCACCGCUACCACCAAAUGAUCCACAAUCCUAUCGACAUUCCAUGGCUUGGCCAUUACCAUCCUCAGCGAUUGAACGACUUCAAACUGAAAACGUCCGACACUCGUUCCAUAAUCUAUCCCUUGGUCAAUCGGUGCAAAUGACACAAGCAGAAUUGCUACAACAAAACCCCACAAGAUAUUCUUCGAUGACGCCCUUACAUAUGAAUCGAGGAGCUAGCAUUGACGACUUCAAUUUCCUCGCUGUCUUAGGACGUGGCAACUUUGGCAAGGUGCUACUCGCCGAGAACAAGUAUACCAGGCAACUCUAUGCCGUUAAAGCGCUCAAAAAGUUAUCCAUCUUGAUGCAGAAUGAUUUCAAAUGCAUCCUGGCUGAAAAAGAAGUGUUCAUGGUUGCAAAUCAAAGCAAGCAUCCUUUUCUCGUCAACUUGCAUUCAACAUUUAUGACCGAAUCAAGGCUCUUUUUUGUGAUGGAAUAUGUUGCAGGCGGCGAUUUGAUGUUGCACAUUCAAGGGCAAAACUUUUCAGAGCCACGAGCAAGAUUUUAUUCAGCGGAAGUUCUACUGGCACUUGAACAUCUACAUGACAACGGCAUCAUUUAUCGUGAUCUGAAAUUGGAUAACGUGGUGCUUGCACCUGAUGGCCACAUCAAAUUGACCGACUAUGGCCUAUGCAAAGGGAACACCUACUAUGAAACGACCACUGGGACCUAUUGUGGCACCCCUGAGUUCAUGGCACCCGAAAUAUUGAUGAAUCAGAGAUACACUCGGGCUGUAGAUUGGUGGGCAUUUGGUGUUUUGCUCUAUGAAAUGUUGGCGGGACAGGCACCAUUUAGGGCUGAGACCGAGGAUGAAAUGUUUGAUGCUAUCAUGAGGGAUGAGCUUGUUUGUCCACAUUAUUUGUCAAGAGAGGCUAAGAACUUGUUGCAUGCCCUACUGCAAAAGAACCCAUCACAUCGACUAGGAUCAGGAAGAGACGAUGGCAUGGAAGUACGAUCACACGUGUUUUAUGAAGGUGUUCGAUGGGAUGACCUACUUGCCAAACGUGUCACAGCACCAUUUGUACCAACAUUGCGUGGACGUGCCGAUACAUCUAAUUUCGAUGCCGAAUUUACUGGCGAGUUCCCUGUGCUUACACCGGUACCAACGCAAUUAUCUCGAGAAGAACAACAGCAAUUCCAUGGAUUUGAAUACAUCUCAGAGUGGGCGUUAGAUUAA